CACACACAUCCACAUACACAUACGCAAGCUAUGACAGAAUUUUCCUUUUCACAGAGCCAUUUUUAAUUUUCCGUCUUUUGCGGGAAAUUCUUAGGUGUGAUAGGAACACGUACAGAGAGAAACAAUGAACGCUGAUAAAUUGAAAAAAUUACAAUCGCAAGUGCGUAUCGGGGGAAAGGGUACACCACGUCGCAAGAAGAAGAUUGUACACCAAACAGCCGCUACCGAUGAUAAAAAAUUGCAAUCAUCUUUGAAAAAACUGUCGGUCAACACAAUUCCCGGCAUUGAAGAAGUGAAUAUGAUCAAAGAAGAUGGAACGGUUCUACAUUUCAACAAUCCAAAGGCUCAAGCCUCUUUGGCCGCAAAUACAUUUGCUAUUACUGGACAGUGUGAACAAAAACAGAUUGCUGAGAUGUUGCCAGGCAUUUUAACACAAUUGGGACCAGAAGGUCUUAAUCAAUUGAAACGUUUGGCCAACAAUGUUGUGGCUGGCAACAAAUUGUUGUCAAGCGUAGCUGAGGAAGACGACGUACCAAAUUUGGUAGAAAAUUUUGAAGAAGUCUCACAAAAGGAUGUUGAAGCUAAAAAAGCUGAAGCCGUGGUGGCCACUGUAAAGGUUGAGCAACCGGUAUCACAGCCAACCAGCGAAGAAAACAAAGAAAAUAAGAAGCCCGAACAAAAAGAGGCUCCGACACCUGCUGCAGUCGCUGUUGAAGAGAAAAAACCAGCCGAGCAAACUAAACCGGCUGAACCAGUGAAGCAAAAGGAGAGCCCAAAGUCAGGUGAUAAAAAGUCUGAAGGUAAAAAUGAAAAACAGACUGGUAAUAAUAAUAACAAUCAGAAGAAGAACGAAACCAACCAAAAGAAGGAUAAUGCAAAGAAGGACACGGCCAAAAAACCAACCAAUGAAAAAGCACCUUCCGCUGCCGUACCAGCCAAGGCUGAUGUGCAGGAAAAGAAAACUGAAUCAGCACCUGUGGCUCCAUCAGAUCAAAAGAAUCCACCGCAAAAGCAACAACAACAGCAACCAGCCCAAAAGCAACAACAACCAUCGGCUCCAAAAACUCAACAGCCACAAACCGCACCGACACCGGUUCCAGCAGCCAAGGACGCUCCACCACAACAACAACAACAAAAACCUGCUAAAGCAGCAGCACCAGCACAACAACAACAAGCUACUCCAAAAGCAGCAGCACCGCAACAACAACAAGCUGCUCCAAAGGCGGCAGCAGCACCACAACAACAAGGUGGCGGCGCCAAAAAAGGACAACAAAAACCAAAACAACAACCACAACAAAAGCCAAAAGCUUAAUUUAAGCGGAAUUUUAUUGAAAACAUUUUUUUAAAUAUUUUUCGUGCAGAGCAAUAGCGAUUUCAGUAUGUUUCGAAGGUUUUUAGAACCAAAAAUUAGAAAAUAACAAAGUGCAAUACAUACACACUCAUCAUAUUCAUUGUGUGAUACUAACAAUAAAACUAACCAUUUUUGAAGUGCAUUUUUUUACUAAUUAAUUAUUUUUCUGUCUAUUUUCAUUAUAUUCGAAUUGAAUGAUAUAAAAGCAUAGUAUUGUGUGGCCGAUGCAAACAACAUAUAAACAUAAAAUAUCAAAGUGGCUGAAAUGAUGGAAAGUUGAGCUGAAAUGUUGUUGUGAACAAUAAUUUACUAUUCAAUCCAUAUUUUUAAAUAAAAAAUAUUUGUACGUGUGUUUGAUCCCAUUUUAUCCAAAUCAGCGUUUUGUGGUGACACACUUUUUUUUAUAUUUUUUUUUUCUCAAAUAAAAUUUUAUGAAAAUCCAAA